AAGCAUUGACAAAUUUUAACCAACAAUCAUAACAAACAAAUAAUUUUAGAGUCUAUGGCUUCCUUUACAUUACUCUUUUCCAGGCUAUUUUGUUUAUUUCUUCAUCUCUGAGAUGAAGGUCAGACACUAAUUCCAAAACUGAGGUUUCAAAGUUGGGGUGGGCAAUAGCAGGACAAAAGUAGAAAAAGAAAUAUUUCUCCAAUAUUAUAUAAAAGGUAUUAAAGAGAAGAAAGAUGGGGGAUACCAGGGGUGUGUCGUAACAUUCACCUACCAAGGAAAAGGUAAGCCCCAACUUGAGUAAUUCAUAUUGAGGUCUUUUCUGUCUGCUGCCGAACAAAGACAGGCUUAUGAAACUAAAUACCGAGCAGGCUCCACCCAUAUGCAAAUCCGCUCCCUUCCUCCCUCCUUGCUAACCCCCCUUUUCUCAGCAUUUUUAUCCCUCCUUCCUCUUCUAUCCAAAUUUUCCAGCUGACUGCUGGAGCUGACUUCCGCAAUCCUGGUGAAAUAAAUCUAGCACCCCUAGUUAUCCGUCAUUAUCCACACUUCCCUGCUGAAACCAGCCCAGAGGACAGAUUCCCAUCAUCAGGAUGUGGGGGCUCAAGGUUCUGCUGCUGCCCAUGGUGAGCUUUGCUUUGUACCCUGAGGAGAUACUGGACACCCAGUGGGAGCUAUGGAAGAAGACUUACAGGAAGGAGUAUAACAGCAAGGUGGAUGAAAUCUCUCGGCGUCUAACUUGGGAAAAAAACCUGAAGUAUAUUUCUAUCCACAACCUUGAGGCCUCUCUUGGUGUCCACACCUAUGAAUUGGCCAUGAACCACUUGGGGGACAUGACCAGUGAAGAAGUGGUUCAGAAGAUGACCGGACUGAAAGUACUCCCUUCUCAUUCCCGUAGUAAUGAUACUCUCUAUAUCCCAGACUGGGAUGGCAGAGCCCCAGACACCAUUGACUAUCGAAAGAAAGGAUAUGUUACUCCUGUCAAAAAUCAGGGUCAGUGUGGUUCCUGUUGGGCUUUUAGCUCUGUGGGUGCCCUGGAAGGCCAACUCAAGAAGAAAACCGGCAAACUCUUAAAUCUGAGUCCCCAGAACCUGGUGGAUUGUGUGUCUGAGAAUGAUGGUUGUGGAGGAGGUUACAUGACUAAUGCCUUCCAGUAUGUGCAGAAGAACCGUGGCAUUGACUCUGAAGAUGCCUACCCAUACGUGGGUCAGGAUGAAAAUUGUAUGUAUAACCCAACAGGCAAGGCAGCUAAAUGCAGAGGGUACAGAGAGAUCCCUGAGGGGAAUGAGAAAGCCCUAAAAAGAGCAGUGGCCCGAGUGGGACCCAUCUCUGUGGCCAUUGAUGCAAGCCUGACCUCCUUUCAGUUUUACAGCAAAGGUGUGUAUUAUGAUGAAAGCUGCAAUAGCGAUAAUCUGAACCACGCAGUUUUGGCAGUGGGAUAUGGAAUCCAGAAGGGAAACAAGCACUGGAUAAUUAAAAACAGCUGGGGAGAAAACUGGGGGAACAAAGGAUAUAUCCUCAUGGCCCGGAAUAAGAACAACGCCUGUGGCAUUGCUAACCUGGCCAGCUUCCCCAAGAUGUGACUGCAGCCGACCAACCCCAUUCCUCUCUUCUAUUCCUUCCAAAAUGGUGCGAUGCACUAACAUACUUUGGAAGGGAGUUGAUGUGCCUUUCUUGAAGCAGAUGUAAUGAUACAGACAUUGUUCAGUUUUUCCAUUUGCUUGUGCUUCCUACUACUUUCCUUCUCCCUAUCCAAUGCCUUUAUUUUUCACUGUGGCAACAGCAGGAAUUUUCCUGACAGGUAUGUGCCCUUAGGCUAAGACAUAUGACCAUAGCUUGCCCUAACUGUGUUGUCCCGGGGCUGAUGCUGUGCAGAUUAUUAGAGCUUAAAGAGCUUAGAGAUCUUCGGAUAGGCUAGAUUUUAAUUCAAUAGGACCAUUUAGCUUUAAUCACCCUAGAGGACUAAAUUGACCUGACUUCUCAGUCUCCAGGCUCCUUUUUUUUUCUAUAUCAUCAAGGUAGAAAGUUCUGUUCUUUCCACAAUUCAUAAAUAUAUUCAUAAAUCUUUGGUACAAGUUUACAUAAUACCAAAAAUGUGUUUUCUCUCUCUCUCUUUUUUUGUGUGUGUGUUUUUUGAAAAUAAACCAAAUAUUUAUCUCUUGUCCUCAAUUUAAUAAAUAGCUAUUUAGUAAACAUUCAUUUUGUGUUGGAUACUAUACUAAGAGCUGGAGACACAAUGAUGAAUCAAACAUGUUCCCUAUCCUUGAUCUACUCACAGUCUGGUUGGAAAGACUGUGACAUAAAUAGUUCAUCCCAAUCCAUUUAUUUGUUCAUUCCUUCAGCCAACAUUUACUAAGUGUUUUCCCUGUACCAAGAAGCAUACUACAUUUUAGGAAUUAAGUGGACAUAAUCCCCUCUUUUGAGGAGAACACAAUCUAGUGGACUACAGUAGUAGGUUAAGUACCAUAGUUAAGGUGUAUACCAGGUCCCAUGGGAGCACAGAGGUGGAAGUGCCUCACUUCAUGGAAUAAAGGACAUCUGAGCAAUUUCAGAAUUGCAAGUAUAGUUUUAGGUAUAAACAGGUAUAUGGUAUUGUAGAUGGAAUCUAUAAUUCUGCUUGUGGGGGGAACAGAUAAAGGACUUGUGAACUGGGUCUUGAAAAAUACUUAAGGCCCUUUCUGAGGUUCUCUAACCUAAACUUUUGUUAUUGCCAAAAGAGGAAAUUGAAACUCUUAUUCUGCUAACGGUUUUCAACUAUCUUAAUUGUAAAAGACCUUAGCUGACUGUUUUAGUUUGCUAAUGUGCCAGACAUAAUACACCCAAACCAGCACACUGACUAAUAAUAAAUCAGUACAACUUGUUUUCCCAUUUUUCACAAAAUGUUUAUUGAGCAUCUAUUAUUAGCAUCAGAAAGAGUUCAAAUUUACUAAAUACUUAAAUAUCAGGCACUAUUUUAUCUCAUCUAUGCAAAAAUUUUUUGUGCAUGUAAGUUUUUAUUACCAGUGUGUUCACACUAGGAGGAUGAAAAAAAUUAAUAAGACAUGGCUGUGACUUCAAGAAUUUUAUAGACUAGUGGUAGAGGCAGAUAUAGAAACAAUUAAUAACAACCAUAAUGAAA